AAAAACUCAGAGGAAUUUGCACAGAUGCUGCUUUGGAGAACCCCUUUCAGCCCAGGCUGCAGAACUGAGCCUUGCUAAAUCCUGUCUCUCUUUAGAGCACAUUUCCAGGUGUGGGUGCAAAAAGGUCAGCAGCGGCUGUGGACAUCCGUACGCCUGCGACAAAACGCUUAGCAUGUUUACCACACAUUCUGAAAUCUGUUCUUUCUCUCUCAGUCCUCCUCUUUCUUUCUUUUUUUAAAUAGCUUUCUAAGUUCCUAUUAAUGGCUAAUAUGCAAGAGUUCAUUUUUAAAAUAUGUUUUGAUUUCUUUAAUUGAUUUCCAGAACUUGUAUUUAUUAAAUUUUAAACUCAGUAUUACCUACUCAAUGCCUUUUUAAGUGAAAGUUUUAAUGGAGAAUAAAAGUGAGCCUUAAACAAGUGGUUACUUCUGUAUAUUACCUCACAUCCAUGCUUGAUUUGCAAAAAAAAAAGAAAGAAAUUUUCUUCUCCAAAAUGUCACUGGUUGAAACUUCAAAAUGUUCUGUUUACAUGUGAUGGUGUCUUAGAAAGAUAUGAGUCAUAUUGUACGGAUGUUUUUAACAUCACAUUUCACUAGCAGCUGUGGUUGCUAGUCAUUGGUCUUACAUGAAGAUAGGAAGUUAUUGGACUGGGUCUCGAGCUGACCAGCACUUUGUAUGUGUUUUCCUUCUUAACAUAUAAUAUUCAGAGUUUGUUUGUUUCCCCCCUUUUUAAACUGAUACAGCAUUCAUGUUAAAUCACCAGGACAUCUCCUUAAUUGUUCAUCUUUUAAUUUCUGAUAUUGUUUUUCUCGGCAAAGGAUAAUGAGUUGCCCACGGGGCUUUUGUUCAAAAGCAAAAGCUAACUUGUGUUUGCCUGACAGGAUAAGAUGACAUCAAAUGCAAAAACAAAAAACAUUUCCUAGUUCUUAAAAUACUGUUUCUCUCCUAAUAAUGUUUUGAAGCAAUAUCUGUUUGCUUGAUGCCCUGUUGCACUUAUUUCCUGCCAACUCCCCUGGUUUCCAGUACCCUGAGCAUUAGCUGGCACAACGGGCAAGAGUGUUGAGCAUCAACUCCAUGCGCGAAUGCAUUACACAGCCAUUGCCUACUGCAGAGUUUACCUGAUUUAAACUAUUUUGUCUGGAUACUUGAAAACUUAGAACAGCAGCACAGGUAUUAAGCAGAAUGAAAAGUAUAUAAAUAGUUGAAGUGUUUUGAAUUUUAUUAACACAACUGUUGCAGAGGUUGGAGUUUUUUCCUGCAGUGAUUUGAGAAACCACCUUUUCUUCCCCAUAGUCUGAAUAACUGUGGAUCAUUUACCUGUAUCAAAUUGCAGGUUUAAGAGCCUAGCUUAAUUAAUUUGAACAUGCUUGAUAAAUACUGGCAAUGAAUCCUUGCAGUUAUGUAAGUGCUAGCCUGAGACAACUGUAACUUCAGAGAGAGGCACCAGCAUUCUGCAUGUUUAGUCUCAUUUGAACCCUAUUGAGAAAAAAUCAGUUUUAAAUUUAAAGCUUCAGGUUGCCAAAUUUGCAAUGGGGUUACUAGAAAUUAAUGUUAGGUUUGCACUUUAAUGGAAGACUUCAAAACUGAAGGCUGUUCUCAAAGUAUAUUUAUAUGGCAACAUAUUAGUAGUGCUAGGGGAACAGAGGAUUCAAAUAACCUAAUUUCCUAAGAGGGCAGAAACCUUGCAUUGCCACCAAACCCUUUCCCUUUUGUUUCUUAAUUGAUCAUUUGUUAAAAUUUGAUUUAAAAUUAUUAACUGACAUUAGCAGUUGGUAUAUUACCAGGAAUGGCAAAACUUAUGCCCAGUGUCAGUUUCUUUACUGCAAAUUGGAAUAAGGGACCAAACGUUUAGCUGAGGCUUCCUCUUGGGUUGCAGUGAGGAGUAGCUUUGUGGAAGAAGCUGAUAACGCAAGGUGCAUAUUUGCAGGACCCCCAGGCCUGCCUCCUGGUUCUCUUUGUUAAUUGAUAAAGUUGUCUCUUAAGCCCCCUUUUAGCUUCAUCGGGGCUUGUUGAGGGCAAAGCUUCAUUUGACCUUCCAGCAUCUCUGUUGGGUGUUCCAAUCACUGCAGUGGGGCUCUCCAAACAAAGGCCAUUUUCAGAUGUCUCCCAAACCACCCUGGGUUAUCUAUCCCCUGGACUGAAGAGUGGCAGCAGAACACAAGAUAAUUCUGAAAGGAUUAUUGUCUCUCUUUCUGUUGGUUGCACGGUGGGUGUUAAGGAGGCCUUGCUCCUCUCCCCCUAGAGCAACUGGCCAGGGUCUGUGAAUGCAGCUGUUUGUUUGGAGAGAAAUACUCCCCCCGGGUACAAUUGUGACCUUUUGCAUAGACACAGCUGAGAGGCAUGAUAUGUGUGAAAAGUACCUAAAAGGAAACCUGAACUUAACCAAUGUGCUGUACCUUUUUUUGGUGAAAAAGUAAAACCUGGAAAAAUUAGUGAAUGCAAAACUUAGAACUAUGAUCUAAUGCAUUGUAAACUAAAAACCACCUACCCCCCCACCUACCCCCAAAACAAUUCAUUCAUUGUUUUGUAAGACGACCCUACAGUCCACCUGUUUGUAACUUUUUUAAAUAAAAUAGAUACCUGUAUUAAUUACCAAAACUGCAUCACUCUUGUUUGUCUUGGUAAUAUCUGUGGUGGGGGAAGUGUCUGGGUUUCUAGAAUGAGGUAGUUGGUAUGUACCAUAUAAGUGCAGCUGUGUGCAGGGGCACAUGUCAUUCUACAUGAGCCAGAGUGCAAAAUUCCGCUUCCUGGGAAUCUCUGUUAUUCGGGGGGGGGGGUGUCUACAUACACACCAUAUUCUAAAGCAGAUGUGAAGAACUCCUGGCCCUUCAGCCCCAGCAAGCAUGGCCAGUUCAGCAGGAGAAGGGCCAAAUAUUCCCCACACCUGUUCCAAACUGUCUGCCAGAAUACUGGAGAUGGACAAAUUUCUGUUUUUCCCAACAAGGUGAGGGAAAUAGAUAGAAAUGAGGAGGCAGAUGUGAGAAACCACAACCUGGUCUGCUUGAUGUCAGCAGGGAGGUGUAAAAGACUGUCAGGCUUUGCAAAGCUGGUGUCGCUGGGUCAUGUUCAUCAACUUGGUUGAAUUAAUUAAACUAUAGAUUUAAUUGGAUUUUGAAUAAAUGUGCAAUUAAUUGUUAGUGCUUUGAAUUUUAUUGUUAUCUUCCCUAGUGGGUCCUGCAAACUGCUAUUUGGAUAAUGGUUUUGACAGAUAGGAUAGGGGGCACUGGGAAUUAAUUUAAUGGAAUCAAGGGGGCGGCAACCCCAAAAGGUUUGUGAACCACUGAUUUAGAGUAAGUCAUACUAGACCAACUUUUAUCCUUUUUUCUUUAUUAGAGUUUGUAGUAUGGUAGAUAAUAGAUUUCUAUAUCUUGACUUCAGCAAAGCAUAAGGCCUAUUUUCCUUUAAGGGAAAAUAUGAUGAGCCAAUGGGAACGGCUGUGGAAAAGAGAUAUUAAAUUUAUGGCAUGCUAUAUAAGAGAGAAUGUAAUGAAAAUGCAAUAUAGAUGGUACCUGAUCUCGGUUAGACUGGCAAAAAUGUGGAGAUGCAACAACAGGGCAGGAACCUUUCUACACAUGUGGUGGGAGUGCAAAGAGAUAGUGGGAUUCUGGGAAAAUAUUUACAACAAAUUGAAAAAGAUGUUUAGAUUUUCAUUUGUGAAAAAACCAGAAUCCUUUCUCCUAGAUAUCAUGUCAGAGGAAAUAAAAAGAACGAUCAGACUAAUAUUUAUGUAUGCGACUACGGCGGCAAGGUUAUUACUGAUUUUUCGCUCCAUAAGACACACUUUUCCCCUCCCAAAAAGGCAGGGAGAAAGUCCAUGCGUCCUAUGGAGCAAAUGCCAGAGCCACAAAAGUGAGAGCCAGAGCCGAGUGCAGCGGGAAACCGGCCCUUGGGCUGCUUCCGUGACAGAAAGCAAGCAAAAGUCUUCUGGCAAAACAUUGUUCAACUUAAGCUGCAGCCACCUGAACCUCACAGAGAAGGAAUACUUUGGGCUGGAGUUCUGGAGUUCUGCAGGGCAUAAUGCCUGGCUGGAACUUCUGAAGCCUAUAACAAAGCAGAUUAAAAAUCCUAAGGAAGUUCUUUUCAAAUUUAUGGUGAAAUUUUUCCCAGUGGAUCCGGGCCAGCUGAGAGAAGAGCUGACAAGAUACCUGUUCACUCUCCAAAUCAAGAAGGAUCUGGCCUGUGCAAGACUUCCUUGCAGCGAUAACAGCUCGGCCCUGAUGGUAUCGCACCUUUUGCAGUCGGCCCUGGGAGAUUAUCACGAAGAAAUGGAUCAAAAGCACCUGGAAACACACAAAUAUUUACUAAACCAAGAGUGUUUGGUGAACAAGAUCGUGCAUUACCACAAGAAACAUAUAGGCAAAACUCCUGCUGAAUCAGAUGUGCAGCUCUUGGACAUAGCGAGGAAGCUAGAGAUGUAUGGGAUCAGGCCCCAUCCAGCCAGUGACGGCGAAGGGACCCAGAUCAAUCUGGCUGUCACUCACAUGGGAGUCCUGGUUUUGCGGGGCAAUACGAAGAUUAACACCUUCAACUGGUCCAAAAUUCGCAAGUUGAGCUUCAAGCGGAAGCAUUUCCUGAUCAAACUCCAUGCCAACAUUUCAGCCUUGUGCAAGGAUACACUGGAGUUCACCAUGGCAAGCCGAGACACUUGCAAAGCCUUCUGGAAGACCUGUGUGGAAUACCAUGCUUUUUUCCGACUCUCUGAAGAGCCAAAGUCAAAACCCAAAGCCUUUUUGUGCAGCAAGGGCUCCAGUUUCCGAUACUGCGGAAGGACUCAGCGGCAGCUGCUGGAACAUGGAAUAAAAGGAAAACUGAAGAGCCUGCCCUUUGAGAGGAAACACUAUCCCUCUCGGUACCAUGAGAGACAGUGCCAGUCCUCACCAGACCUACUUACAGAUGUUUCCAAACAAAUGGAGGACUUGCGGCUGGUCUAUAGCACCAUAGGAGGCUACCACAGUGCCAAUGGAGUCCACACUUCCGAGCCCAUGCUGGACAGCAGGCGGAGGAACUCUGCAGUGGAAGUGAUCUUUGCUGAUGAAUUGGAGCGGUCCAAGCCAGAAGCUGACCCAACGCUGCUGCCCCAUUCCCAAAGCAGCUCCACCUUCCCGUUGGUCUACAGAGAGCUGGAGCACAAUUGGGAGCCAGCUCACACCUAUGAACAAUGGGUCCCGCUGACAUCCUUCCAGCCCAGCUAUAAGCUGGCUGGGAACAGUAAAAGCACCUCUGUGGGCAACAUGAGGGAGAUGACCCCUAGGCAACAGCUGACUUACACCGACAUCCCCUACAGGGGCCCCAUCCACCAGCAAUUGGACAUGGCUUCUCCUCAAGUCUUCUUUUAUGUGGACAGGCCUUCCCAGUUUUCCAGGCACACAACAGUGGCAGGCCCUUCUGAGGAAACAGCCAGUGGGGUGAACAUGUUUGGUGAAUCACCCAUGAAGCCUUCCAGGAGAAGCCCAGGCAUGGCAAGAACAAGGGUGGCUGAACCAGAGGUCCUGCCCAGAAUGACCUACCUUAGCAGCGUUAGCAUGGAGCAAGAUGACGACGGAAGCGUCUUUGACUACAGCGUUCAAGACCAGACUCCCAAGAGGUCUUGGAGCCAGUCUGACAUGAAAAUGAUCAGAUUUCCCUAUGGCUCAGAGUUCCGGCCUCUAGGACCUUGCCCUGUCUUGAGCAGCAGGAAGGCUGAUAUUUUGCAGUACGUGCUGGCCCAGCAAAGGUUCCCAGAACCUCCCAGGGCCCAGCGAACCCUGGAGCGCCAUGUGGGCAGCGGGACAGAAUCCAGCGACUCUGAUUCAGACAUGCUGCCGGAUUACUUUUCUCUCUAUGGGAGGGUGGUGAAAGCACCCAGGGCACGGGUCCGCUUGUCUUCAGGGAGCCUACAGCUGGAGGGGGAGGAUGAAGAAGUUUGUCUCGCUACCGCCAACAUUGAGGACAGGACUUCACAGGGAGCAUCUAAUUAUUUUACUUAA